CAAACAUUUUGAAUUUAGAAACUAAACACAUAGUCUAUAUAUUAGUUCAUUCAGAUGUGUUCGAGAGAGGUUACACUAUAUUAAUAUCCCUGAAUUGGAUCACGUUCUGACACAUAUGGACCGUGUCUAAGAGAACCGUAGUUAAUACAAACAUAUUAUUUCAACAUCUGUAAAUACUGUGUUGAUACUUAUUUACAAUUGUGGUGUAUGGUAAAGUAAGUCUUAAAAAAUGAACAAUAGUUGUAAUUGUGAAACUGACAGUGACAGUGACGAAUCUACUUCUGAGGAAGAUUCAGAUUAUUCUGAAGAUGAACAGGAUUCUAGAGAACCAAGAUCAACACAAGGUCGUCGUCGGGGUCGUCGAAAACAUCAUCGCAGAAAAAAAAUAGUAUGGCCUCCUCCUUCAAAUGCUACUCCAACUACUUCCACAUAUUUGAAUUGGAACUUGAAGCCACUGCAUAUAGGAAACCCAAAGCUUGGCGACAAAAUGCAACUUUUUUCUCAGACCGGUCAUCAUUUAGCAAUAUAUGCUGAUGGAGAAGUCAGGGGAACAAAAGAUGAAAAUGAUCUACAUACUUACUUGGAAAUACAAUCGGGUGGUGAUACAGGUCUUGUCAGAAUAUAUGGUCUACUAGUAAAAUUAUACAUAACUAUGGAUUCCCAUGGUGGUUUAUACGGACAGUGGAACCGUAAGUUGGAGUCAACAGUUUUUAUAGAAGCAUUCCAGGCCUCAUACAACACAUACUUGUCCAAACCACACGCCCAUUCUCGAUGGUACAUCGGUAUACAAAGAAACGGAAAGAUCAAAAGAGGGCCGAGAACAGGAUUUGGGCAGAAAGCAAUAAAGUUUUUACCAAGAAGAUCACGUUUUGAAUAAGGAUAGAAUUUUAUAUUUUAUUUCUUAAUAUACCUAUGUAUUUUUUUCUAUACAAAAAAGAUAACGACCAAAGUAUAAGGGGUUAAAUAAAUGUAUUUUAAUAAAAAAAGAUAUUGAAACUUUACAAUAUUCUUCUUCUUCGUCUUCUUGAUGUGCCUAUCCGUUACGAAUGUUGGCGAUCAUCAUGGCAAUCUUUGUCUUAUCUGCAGCAGCGCGGUAAAGCAGCAAUAUUUUUUCUUGCAGGAUGGCUUGAAGGAAUCCUAUCUGGAUUCAUUUCGCAUAAUAUGUCCGAAGAACUGUAACUUUCAAGAUUUGAUGGUGGUCAGUACCUCUCGAUUCUUAUUCAUUCUUCUGAUGACCUCCUCAUUUGUGACUGGGUCAGUCCACGAGAUCUUAAGCAUUCUCCGAUAUACCCACAUCUCAAAUGCUUCCAGUUUUCUGCACAUAUCUUCGUUCAAAGUCCACGAUUCAAAUUUAUAUCCUAUACAAAAUUCACGCCCAAAAGCAAAUAAAAUAAAAUGCCCGUAAGCGGAAUAAGUGAUAUGGAGAAUAUAAAAUUCCUUCAAUUUAAUCAAUUUAACCACACGAAUACUAGAUAUGCUAGCGCGCAUAUCCAAAUUAGUUUAAUCGUUUAUUUCUCAUAUGAUAAUAUGUAUACUGCGUAAUAUAACUUUAUGAAUACUAUAUUUUAUAUUGCAAUUAAUAAAGAAAACUUUUAUGUAGGUUUUAUGUUGUGGAAAUUGUUCUUUACCUCGUAAAACUAUAAAUAUUUAAUAUUUUUAUAUAUCUGUCA